UCGAGACAGACGGAACCGAAGACUCGAACCAAAUUAAUUUUUUUAUUAGAGAAUGUGAGUGUUUUGGGGCUCACAAAACGAACACUACAAUUAUUACACUUAUAUAUUUCGUUUAAAAAACACCAUUAGUUACAAUAGAACCUAAUUAUAGAGAGUAUAAAAGCCUUACGUGUCGGCGCGUGUUUUAUCUGUAUUUGCUGUGGUGACGUUUCUUGAUAUAGUCCGGCUAAAAGAAUACGUUGCAUCAAAUUAUGAACAUUCUAUGUGGCUGUUUUACUUAGAAAAAUGCGUUACUACAUAGUUAUUGUUACCCUAUUGCUUACUUUUACAAAAGCAUUCUACUUACCUGGACUUGCUCCUGUUAAUUUUUGUAAAUCAGGUGAAGAAUUCGGCAGUUGUGAGUCUCGGGUAUUGUUAUAUGUAAAUCGGCUAAACACAGAAGAAUCGGUUAUUCCCUACGAAUAUAGUCAUUUCGAUUUUUGUUUACCGAAUGAGAAUGAAAAAUCCCCAGUUGAAAAUCUGGGUCAGGUAGUUUUCGGCGAACGUAUCCGACCGUCCGCCUACAAGGUGGAAUUUAUGAAGAAUCAAACUUGUGUGCCAUUGUGCAAUAAAACAUACACUAAAAACGAUCGAAAUGCAGAUACGUUGUUAAGUAAGCUAAGAAAAGGUAUCAGUUUGAAUUAUCAACACCAUUGGAUUGUCGAUAAUAUGCCUGUAACAAGCUGCUACGAAACGGAAGAUCAGCAUCAGUACUGCAGCAUCGGUUUCCCCAUGGGUUGCUAUUCGAAGGACGAGAGGGAUACGUGCUAUAGGAAUGUCGCAAAUAAAAACGCUUACUAUAUUUACAACCAUGUUGAUUUGACGAUUACAUACCAUUCGGGUGCUAAAGAGGAAUGGGGUUCGAGUUUUGGAGAAAAUGGAGGUAGAAUCAUAUCUGUUAAAGUUAUACCCAGAAGUAUUAAGCAUCACAGCGUACUGGAUUGCACAUCUCAAGAACCCUUAGAAAUUCCAAACAAGGCCCUAGGAUCAAAUGAGAACUUUGAAAUUAAAUACACCUACUCUGUAACAUUUAUUAUGAACAACACAAUAAAAUGGUCAUCGAGAUGGGAUUACAUUUUGGAAUCAAUGCCGCAUACCAACAUUCAGUGGUUUAGUAUACUCAACUCUUUGGUGAUUGUUUUAUUCCUCUCCGGAAUGGUCGCGAUGAUACUACUGAGAACCCUCCACAAGGAUAUAGCGAGGUACAAUCAGAUUGACAGCGGCGAGGAUGCUCAAGAAGAGUUCGGUUGGAAACUUGUGCACGGGGACGUUUUUCGACCGCCACGAAAAGGAAUGUUACUGUCUGUUCUGUUGGGUUCGGGCGUUCAAGUUUUCUGUAUGACUUUGGUUACGUUGGCGUUCGCGUGUAUGGGAUUCCUAAGUCCUGCAAAUCGAGGUGCACUGAUGACCUGUGCCAUGGUCUUGUACGUUCUUCUUGGAACACCAGCAGGAUACGUCUCGGCUAGAGUUUACAAGAGCUUCGGAGGGGAAAAGUGGAAAUCCAACGUGUUACUUACCUCCAUGCUUAGCCCAGGCAUAGUUUUCUGUCUAUUUUUCGUAAUGAACUUGUUUUUGUGGGGUAACGGAAGUUCAGCGGCAGUGCCUUUUACAACCCUUCUCGCAUUACUAGCCUUGUGGUUCGGUGUUUCGGUACCACUCACAUUUGUCGGAGCAUACUUCGGAUUUAGAAAAAGAGCGUUGGAACAUCCUGUACGAACGAAUCAAAUACCACGACUUAUUCCCGAACAAUCGAUCUACACUCAACCUAUACCGGGAAUAGUAAUGGGAGGUGUCCUGCCAUUCGGUUGCAUAUUCAUUCAGUUAUUUUUCAUUUUGAAUUCAAUUUGGUCAUCACAGAUGUAUUACAUGUUUGGCUUUCUGUUUCUUGUAUUUUUAAUAUUAGUUAUAACGUGUGCGGAAACUACUUUGUUACUGUGCUACUUCCACCUUUGCGCGGAAGAUUAUCAUUGGUGGUGGAGAUCCUAUCUUACUUCCGGAUUUACCGCCUUCUAUUUAUUUUUAUAUUGUUGCCACUAUUUCUUCACCAAGUUGCAAAUAGAAGAUUUCACAUCUGGAUUACUUUACUUCGGUUACACAUUAAUUAUGGUAUUUUUGUUUAACCUGUUGACUGGCACAAUUGGGUUCUUUGCCUGCUUUUGGUUUAUAAGAAAGAUCUAUAGUGUUGUAAAGGUAGACUGAAACUUAUGUAUGAUGUAUUUAUACUUGUGAUGUAUAUAUUUUAGUUAUACUUAAAAUAGACGUUUACAAAUUCAAAUGAUAUGCCAAAGGUUUACAUAAUAAUCUUAAAAACUUAACGAUGAUGUAUGUUACUAUUUUUUAUAAAUUUAUUGAAACCUAUUAUUCGUAUUUGUGUAAAUCUUUAGGUAGUGUUUGUUUUGCUUGAUUUUAUUAGGAGAAAGCAAUCUGUGCACGUAAUUUGACUUUUGUAUUAUCACUCAAAUUUAAUUUUAAUCUUAACCAAUUUAUUGACACCAAUAAUAACUACUGCUUGUAUGCUAUACUUUAAUUUGGAACAAUUAUAUAUUUUGGAAAAUACAAAUAAUCCUAGAAAUUUACUACUAUUAUACAUAUAGUAAUUCAGUUUCUUUAUCUGUCUUUGAGACGGCGUCUAUUUGGAGUUUAGUGAUAAGUUGUACAGAGAUGCAUUUAUCAGAAAGUAGUUUCCCAAUAUCACUAAAAAAAAGUAUGAUGCGCUGUAAUUUUGUAUAAAAGAAUGUAAUAAAUUUUUUAGAUAAAUAUUUAUUUGCAUUUGGAUCUAAUGUAACUGUCAUCUGACAAUAAAAGUGCACAAUCAGGGUU